UUGGGGAAAAGAAAAUCAUCUGUUAUUCAGAGCAGGUCACCAUUGGGGAAAAACAAAUCAUCUGUUAUUCAGAGCAGGUCGCCAUUGGGGAAAAACAAAUCAUCUGUUAUUCAGAGCAGGUCACCAUUGGGGAAAAACAAAUCAUCUGUUAUUCAGAGCAGGUCACCAUUGGGGAAAAACAAAUCAUCAGUUAUUCAGAGCAGGUCGCCAUUGAAGAAAAAUAAAUCAUCUGCAAUUAAGAGCAGGCCGCCAAUGGCUAAGAGCAAAUCGCCCCAAAAGCUCCAGCAUCUUGAAAAUCAGAAAGCCAGUGUGACAAUGAACGAUGUAUCCAUCAAUUCAACUAUUUUAUCAUCACAAAAAACGCAGAGAAAGAGAAACUUGGUUACAGAGCUGACCACCAUCCUCGAGGGGGAGCAGGCUGCCAAAGGUAAAUGAAGUCUUUAUCUACUCUGGCACCCCUUUAGACAAAUUCAUGUGUUGGUAUCCAUGCUUUGCUUUAUCUUUCGUUGUAAUUUAAUGCUAACAUAUUUUCUUUUAAUGAAUAUUUUCAAAUAUAUUGACUUGUCCUUUUGAUUCAAUAUGAAUAAUGAAAUUUUUUUUUCAUGUUGGAUUUCGCUUUAAUGCUAUUAAAACUAGAAGAUACAUUAUAACUGAUAUCAUUUUACUUUAUGAAUUUGAAAUAUAUAUACUGACCAGUGUCAUUCCAGUUUAGCAUCGUUGCCCCCUCUUCCUGACAAAUUUGAUAUUCUGUCCCGGUUUCAAUCCCAUUUUUCAUUUUUUAAGAUAAACAAUAAAAUUGUCCUGCCUAUGUCAUUCAGCCGUGUACCUAUUUUUAAUAUCAGAACUUCAUUGGUAUCACAUCCAUUAUUUAAUGUAACUAAACUAAAAAUCUAUAUUUUAAAGAUUGGCAUUUAUUUAUAAAUAGUUCCUCAAGUAAAAUAAAGAGGCCUCUAAAUAUUAGGCCUGGGUCAAAUCUUUCAAUUGCAACCUUUACCACCCCCACCCCCCCUUUUUCCGACAUGCUUUGUUUUGAAAGAUAAAUUACUAUACUAUUAAUAGUCAGUAAUUUAUUGUACCGGUAAAUAUAAUAUAUUCCCUAUUAUUAAGCUGUUAAGAGAUUUUGGAUGAAAAAGUAAAAAUGACUUUUCUUAAAAAGUAGAAUGAAGGGCAAAAAAGGAGAGUAUGGAUACUUUUUCUCUCCCUUACUACCCAAUACACAAGAUGUGGCAUAGAGAUAUUGCGUCUCUUUGGCAUAGCUUGAUAAAAUACCUCCUGGAGCAAAUUACCCUCUCCCCUCACAAAAUCAAAAUUUAUUAAAUUGUCCUAAUGUCUGUAUCUUAUUUUUAAGUCUGGAUAUAUGUGUUUGUACAGUAUUUCUAAAACAUGAUUAUUUUUUUCAUCAAAGAACAUCAUUAUCAUCAUCAUCUGGGAAGAACAUCAUUUUGAUCAUCUUUCAAGAACAUCAUUGUGUUUUGUCCAAUAGUUUUAACUAGGGGUGUGCCGGAUCCGUUUUUUCCAUCCGGAUCCGGAUUUUCUUAUGCGAAAUCCGCCGGAUCCGGAUUCCGGAAUAAUCCGGAUUCCGGAAUAAUCCGGAUUCCGGUUUCUCCCUGAUUUUGGUACUAUUGGUAGAUACUUCGGUAAGUCAAGGUGGACUACUACUUUUUGUGUAUGGGAAUUCGCAAUCAGCGCCAAAAAAUCCGAGUUUUUAAUUUUCCGAUGUGUGUGUCUAUUUAUUAUUAAAUUAGUACUUUCGAUAUAUAUUUGAGUUCCGUUCCAUUUGGAUAAGUGUCUUACGAGAGACGCCAUGUUUCUACGCGUUCGCAGCAGGUCAUGCAGCUCGCUCAACCUAAUUUCGCCAUGGGGUUGGCCACGCCCCCCUUUUUAAUGGCGGAAGUUGACGAUACUUAGGAAAUAUUAAUAUAUUAUCACUAUUUACAUCAAAAUAAUUGAUAACUUGUGUUUCAGAAUGCAUUUAAACUGGAAUGUUUUAAUUUGAGCUUUAACAACCCGGUAGAAUCCAUAUUAUAAAUGAUCAGAAUUUACCGUGUGCAACACGUUGUCAUUGGCAACCAUUCACAGUCACUUGCAUAACUGUAUCGUAGUACUACCUCAGAGUUUCAUUCAUAAGAGUUUGCCGUGUGCAAAAACUAUUAAACCAUUGGUCAGGGAAAGCUUUAAUUAAUUAUUCAUGUGCCAAAGUUGAAAGUUUAAACUAAGUCUAAACAGUAUUUUAGUGAUAAGGCAGGGAAUGCGUUGCCUUAUAUAAACUAUAUAGUCAUUGCGCAUGACGGGAUUGGCGGAAUGAGAUCACAGAAUGUGGAGAUGCAGUCCAUGUUAAAAAAUGACAAACCAAGUCGUACUUUAAAAAUUCAUAACUUUAAAACUACAACAGCUAAAAAUAUGAUUUUGGUGUUAUAAUUCUUUAAAAAAUUACAUCUUUUCAACUAUGCCAUUGGUUUAUUUUUACAAAAAGUUUAAAUUUUCUUAUCAAAGUCCCUACACUAUUGGCCACUAUUAGCGGUGCUGACUCUAGCCUCUGGUAUGUACGGAAUAUUAAACAUUAAACAAGCUCAACGCUCGAAACAAUCGAUUAAUGUAUCGUGAUCGUGUGGAAUUCGGGAAAGAGAAUUACUUUUAUUUCAGAUUAUGAUCCGGUGAGUCACAAAAAUCUGGCAAAUUCCGAAAUCCGGUAUAUUCCGGAUUCCGGAAUCCGGUUGUUCCGGAUACAUGUAAAUCCGGCGGAACCGGAUUUCACCGGAUAGUGCAAAAUCCGGCGGAACCGGAUUCCGGAGCGGGGUCCGGCACACCCCUAGUUUUAACUUGUUUCAAAUAAAUAUUUUUACCUUAGAUUAGAUGAUCUCGUCGUGGACUUCUUUUUUUAAAAAAAUGACAUUUCUGUAUUUUAGGUUGUGGUCGUAAAAUUAAGCUGUGGUGUCCGGGCAACAACUCAAGGCCAGGGUCAGAGGUCACAGCAUAUGACGUCAUCCUUGAAGAUAUAGAAAUAUUAGAAGAUAAUUUGAGGUAAUACAUAAAGGGGGUGGGGGUAAAAAGUUAUGCUAUUGUUAUCUCUGACUGCUUUUUUUGUUUUGCUCUAAAAUACAUAUUUGUUGAUGUUUUAAAUGUGUGAUAUUUAAGCAUAUUUAUGUCUCCGCCAAGAAGGGAGAGGGGGGGGGGUUGUCCUCAGCUGUGGGCUCAUGUUAGGGUGAAAUGGAUUUGUUUGCCAUGUAGGACUUCAGUUCUUGUGGCAUGGAAGGCUUCAAUUGGCUUAGUUGGCAGACAACAGACAUCUUGGCCUGGGAUGAGAAAUAUGUUUCCUAUGCAAAAAAAAAUGUUGUUCCUCUGCAGUUGCCAGAGUAUUUUCAGAAUGUAAAGGCAAAGUUUGUGUAUAAAUCCUGUAUAAAAUGUAAUAUUGUGCAAUAUGGGGGUGGGGCUGAAAAUUUGAUAAAGUAAUGGAUACCAGUAAGACACUUUAUAUCAAUGCCAAGUAGUGCUCCCCCCUCAAGGCUUGCAACCGCACAUUUUUUCAUGCCCCUGAACUAUAUUUAUAUUCUAAUGACCCACCCGCAAUAUCAGAAAUCAAAAAGAAUAUAUUAUGCCGCAAAGACGCUGGCAAUAUUUUUACAAAAGAAAUCUCAUUUAGCGCAGUUAUUGGGAACUUUAUUUCGUGAAAUCAUAUCCCUUCAUCGUCCCUUUGAAAAACAGGGAAAACUGAUUUUUUUGGGGGUGGGCUGAAAAUUGAAUAGAAUCUAUGUGCCAAGUUUCAGCUGGAUCGGUUUACUGGAAAUGGGUCAAUUAUUUGUCUGAAGGUCUUGCCAGCCACAAAGCAAAGUAAAUAUAAAGGAUUUAAAAAACAAAAAUAUUGUUGAUCAAUCUUGACAAUCAAGUUACAUAUAUUGAUUUGAAAGUGUAACAAUGAAAAUGUUACAAUUACAAUUGAUAUAAUUUUUAUUUGCCUUUAAAGACAUUUCUUUAAAAUAUUUUUGGGUAAUAUAUUUUUUAAAUACCAAAUUCUAUUGGAUUUAUUCUGUCAAAUAUCCUUUAAAUGUUUUGUGCGUUUUCUUGCUGAUGGUGAGUAAAUAUCCAUAUUUAAUGUCUAUGUUUGAUUACAUUCUCGUUUAGGUCAGCUGAAGAGAAUGAUGCUGGAAAGAGGCUAGUUGGACGUGUGAUGAGAGGGUUAAAACAGUCUAUGACAACUAUGGUAAGCAGCAUUGUUGGGACAGGGCGAACUGAUGCCUCAAAUAUUUUACCAGAGUGGGGAUUUUUACAUGAUUCUUGAGAUUUACAUUAACAGCUAACUGAUACUGCUACAAGUUGCUUUGACAUUGACCCAAUUGUGCCAUGCUACAAGAUCCCUUGACAUUGACCCAAUUGUGCCAAGCUACAAGUUGCAUUGACAUUGACCCAAUUGUGCCAUGCUACAAGUUGCUUUGACAUUGACCCAAUUUUGCCAUGCUACAAGUUGCUUUGACAUUGACCCAAUUGUGACAUGCUACAAGAUGCUUUGACAUUGAUCUAAUUGUGCAUUGCUGCAAGAGGCUUUGACAUUGACCUAAUUAUGCAGUGCUACAAGAGGCUUUGGCAAUCACCUAAUUGUGCCACAAACACAUGCAACUGCUUGAAUUAAAGUAUGCCCCAUAUAGUUGUGAUAAGAUAAGAGAUAAGAAGCUUUUUAUUGGUUCAGAGAAAUAGACAUUUGUUCUGAUUGUAGUGCACAUAUCAUUAUCAUUUGUUCCCCAAAAUUGGUCAGUAACAAAGUGUUCAGUGAAUCAUCAUGAGGCCAGAAGAGCUGUUAGGUUCUUGAGUGUACGUUGGCACUCUUAGAUUAAUAUUGAACAGAUCAUAAAUGGGUUGCAAGUGACUCAGUCAUGGUUUAAAGUACAAAUCACCCAUUGGUAAAAAUUGUAAAUUCCAUUACAAGAAUGAUGAUGUACAUUUACUGGAAUGAACGUGCUCUAAUACUUAAACAGUAGUUAAUUGUUGUUGUCCAUUUACUGGAGUGAACCUUCUCUAAUACUUAACCAGUAGUUAAUUGAUACGUUUUCUUAACUGAAACAAAUCUUUUCCUACAGAUUUCUCAAGUUUUAGAGGUGAAAGAUUUAGAAACUGGCCUAAAGAAGGUGAGUCUGGUGAACCAUGAGUACGGAUGUGUGUCAAUUUUCAGUAAUCAUUUAUUGUCUUCUGUUUAAUAGUAGUUAGUAAUGGGUUGAUAUUGAGGAGUAGCAGUUUUUUUAACCAAACUCCUUCUGCACCCUCCCCUCCCCAGGAUCUAGAAGGUAAUUCAAUCACGCCCUUGAAAAUAAUAAAAUAAUCUCCAGCAUCCACUUGCUGUACAAAAGUUUUUAAAAAAAUGUUGUGCUGCCAGUAUAUGGUUAAAAGAAUGUAUCAAAUUGGCAGAGGCGCAGCCUUCAACUGUACUUAAUCUCACAGGGCGUCAAGUGAGCAAUAUAAGAACCUUUGAGACAUCUCUCUACUUUUGACGAACAACAUUGCCUUACCACAAUAACGAUUUGAUCAAAAUAAUUUUUUUUUUAAAUCUCUUUUUUUGUUCUUCUCCUAUCCCCCCCCCCCCCACACAGUCUUCCGCUCCUCUUUCCCUCCUCAUGCAUACAGCUUCCAGAUGUUACUCAUGUUUUGUUAAUAAUAACUAUUUCCAUCAAGUCAACACACUUAACAAGUUUCUUGUUUUCCCCAGCAAAGGGUCAGAAAUAAGAGAUUGCUGACAGACUUGACAGACCUAGAGAAACAAAAACAAAAGUAAGUGAUAGAUUUGAUGAAAUUAAGAUAGCUUUGCUUGCAAAUAAUGGCUCUGCUAUUUAGUGCUUUUAAAUAAUGGCUCUGGUAUUUAGUGCUUGCAAAUAAUGGCUCUGCUAUUUAGUGCUUGUAAAUGAUGGCCCUGGUAUUUAGUGCUUGUAAAUAAUGGCUCUGGUAUUUAGUGCUUGCAAAUAAUGGCUCUGCUAUUUAGUGCUUGUAAAUGAUGGCCCUGGUAUUUAGUGCUUGUAAAUAAUGGCUCUGGUAUUUAGUGCUUGCAAAUAAUGGCUCUGGUAUUUAGUGCUUGCAAAUGAUGGCUCUGGUAUUUAGUGCUUGCAAAUGACGGCUCUUGUAUUUAGUGCUUGCAAAUGAUGGCUCUGUUAUUGAGUGCUUGUAAAUAAUGGCUCUGGUAUUUAGUGCUUGUAAAUAAUGGCUCUGGCAUUUAGUGCUUGUAAAUAAUGGCUCUGGUAUUUAGUGCUUGCAAAUGAUGGCUCUGGUAUUUAGUGCUCGUAAAUAAUGGCUCUGGUAUUUAGUGCUUGUAAAUAAUGGCCCUGGCAUUUAGUGCUUGUAAAUAAUGGCUCUGGUAUUUAGUGCUUGUAAAUAAUGGCUCUGGUAUUUAGUGCUUACAAAUAAUGGGUCUGAUAUUUAGAGCUUGCAAAUGAUGGCUCUGGUAUUUAGUGUUUGUAAAUAAUGGCUCUGGUAUUUAGUGCUUGUAAAUAAUGGCUCUGGUAUUUUGUGCUUGUAAAUAAUGGCUCUCGUAUUUAGUGCUUGUAAAUAAUGGCUCUGGUAUUUGGGGCUUGUAAAUAAUGGCUCUGGUAUUUAGUGCUUGUAAAUAAUGGCUCUGGUAUUUGGGGCUUGUAAAUAAUGGCUCUGGUAUUUAGUGUUUGUAAAUAAGGGCUCUGGUAUUUAGUUCUUGUAAAGCUGACAGUCCUUGACAUUAACAUUGAAGUUUAAUUCCUAAACCGUCAUAUUACAUGCACGUCAGAUACCCAUACUCUAAGGUCCUGUCACAGUUCAUAUUACAUGCACGUCAGAUACCCAUAUCUAAGGUCCUGUUACAGUUCAUAUUACAUGCAUGUCAGAUACCCAUACUCUAAGGUCCUGACACAGUUCAUAUUACAUUGCACGUCAGAUACCCAGACACUAAGGUCCUGUCACAGUUCAUAUUACAUUUCACGUCAGAUACCCAUACUCUAAGGUCCUGUCACAGUUCAUAUUACAUGCACGUCAGAUACCCAUACUUUAAGGUCCUGUCACAGUUCAUAUUACAUUGCACGUCAGAUACCCAUACUCUAAGGUCCUGUCACAGUUCAUAUUACAUUGCACGUCAGAUACCCAGACACUAAGGUCCUGUCACAGUUCAUAUUACAUUGCACGUCAGAUACCCAGACACUAAGGUCCUGUCACAGUUCAUAUUACAUUGCACGUGAGAUACCCAGACACUAAGGUCAUGUCACAGUUCAUAUUACAUAGUGUGACAAAUAUCUAAUGCUUAAAUCAAGAAAGCUGGGAACAGUGCCUUCAUGAAGAUCAACUUACAUCUGCUAAUCAACCUAUCACGGAAGAGUUACAAAAAAAUCUAUGUCAGAAAUGCGUUGUGAAGAAAAAGUGAAAUCAUGAGUGAAAUCCACUGUAUAAUUAGUGCAUUGCAUAGGGAUUUUCAAAUAGGAUCCACAGACUUGGGCAAUUUAAACAAAUUAAUCUCUAUCUUGACUAGCCUGAAGGUGUUUUGUUCCAGAGUAAAUUAUUACAAUUAGCAAUGACAACUUCAACACUUUGACUGUCAAAGUAUUUAAGAUAUUCAAUAAUAGUUUCAACAGUUACAAAACCACACAAUGACAGUCACAUUUGUUUUCUCAUCUUACAAGACCACACAAUGACAGUCACAAUUGUUUUCUCUUCUUACAAGACCACACGACAGUCACAUUUGUUUCUCUUCUUGCUUCACAGGCUGCGUGGUGAGAUGCAAGCCAUCGGCAAAGAUAAUCACCACAAGAACAUGAUGCUGGCAAAUUCAUGGAUGAAUGAUUUCAGACAACUGGUAAUGACUAUUGGUGAUGAAUCAGGAGACGGCUAAUGGGAUCGGGGGGAAUGAGAUUAUUUGAAUUGUCUGUCAUGUUUAAUUUAUACACGGAGGUACCGUACGAUUAUGGCUUGACUUAGAUGAAAGUAUUGCUUCUAACAAAACUGUUAUUUCUAAUGGAACAGAUAGAUCUAAUGGAACAGAUAGAUCUAAUGGAACAGAUAGAUCUAAUGGAACAGAUAGAUCUAAU